AAUGAAUUACAUUAUAUUUACUUUUAUCAUCUUUUUAUUAUUUCAUGGUUCCAUUAAUGGAUUCGAUUACUUCACAAUUGCACAAAUUUAUCCCCGAGGUCUUUGCCAUGGUAAUAGGUUGUGUACGUCAUCAACAAUAGCAUUAUCGACGAAAUUCACUGUGCAUGGUCUAUGGCCAUCGACCAACGCUUUUCCACAACCAUUCAAUUGCAGAGUAGACGGAUUAAAUCUUUCUGUGAUACAAAAUAUAGGACCUCGACUUCAACAAGUUUGGCCAAAUUAUUAUUCUACGAAUUAUACUAAGUUUUGGGAGCAUGAGUGGGAGAAGCAUGGAACGUGCUCGAAUAUGCAGCAGUUUGAUUUCUUCAGGUUGACAUUAGAUAUCUAUGCAAGGAAUGAUCUUCAAGCAAUACUUAUAAAUGCGGGUAUAUCACGUCGUAAGCCAUAUCAUAUAAAUGAUAUCAUCUCAGCCAUACGCAACUCAGCUAUAGGUGUUGAGCCAGAACUACACUGUAGAAAAAGUAGAAAAAGUAGACAAAGUGGAAAAAGUGGAAGUGGAAGUGGAAGAAGAGGACUUAUAUUUGAAAUAAGGAUAUGUUUGAACACAGACCCUAUCCCCCAGUACAUCAAUUGUGCUUCACAAGGAACCUGUACUUCUCCUGUAAUGUUUAUGUAAUAUUAUAUAAUAUCAUAUAAUAUAAUUAAUGAAUAAUUAAAAAAUUAAAAACUAUAUGUUAUAGUUUAUUUUCUGUUUGGACUGGGUAUGCUGAGAUCAAUAGGCUACCCUCUUUAUGUUGUGUUAUACGUGACUCAUAAAUAAAGACUUCACUUCUACUGUGUUGCAUAUAUAUGUUA